GUCAUGCUCUUAACUGCUCCUACAUCAUUAUUUAGAUAACUUUCACCUUUCCUAGCGUGAAUUUUAAAAUAAUAGAUCUUAUCAAAACAAAAAAUAUUAUUUAAUAUAUAAUUAUCGUUGAGUUGAUUUCAUUCCACCGCUUUUGAGAUCCAACAGGCAUAUAGGUGGUGUUGCAACGGCCACCGCCACCCAAAAAAAAAGCACGCACCUGGCCGCACCGGAAAGCGACCGCCUUCUCCCUCCUCCCUCCCCACGCGGCGGUGGCGGCGAGCCGGCGAGGGCAAUGUCGGCGGCGGCGCGGGGCCGGCGGUUGCGCGGGGCCGCGCUGCUGUUGCUCCUCGCCUCGGUGCUCGCGCCUCUCGUGCUCUACGGCGGCUCCCCCGUCUCGGUCGCGCCGCUCCCGGACUCCACCGCGGCGAGCGGCGCGUUCGAUCGGGAGGACGCGUCAAAUCUGGUGUGGCCGCAUGUGGCUACAUCUGAGGUGUCUCUGGCCAGAGAUUUGACAAUUGAGAGGCUAGGGGAGCACAAGAACCGGGUGCUAUCUGCAACUGAUCACUGGCAAGUGGUUGACGCAGCGAGUAGGAGCCAUGCAUCUGGAAAAUCAGAUGCUAGUGUAGUGAGGGAGGAGCCUGAUUCACGGAAUGCGGACGAGGAAGAUGCACGGGUUAUUUCGGGAAAUGACAAUGCUCGUCUGGGACAGAAUGGCAUGAUCAAGGAAGUUGUCAGAACGGAGGGAAAUGCAGAUGGAUUUGGUGAACCUAGGGAUAUCAAGGAGGCUGGAGAGCAGAAUGGGAAAGGGUUUGGGAUAGAGUUGCCGCAUGCAAUUGAUGUGGAGCUCAAGGAUGGAUCAGGUGAAGCAGGAAAGAAUAACAUUUCUGCAAUGCACACUAUUGGAAACCUGAAUUCAUCUUCUAAUGAGGAAAGCACUGUUCAUAGAUUAUCUGAACAAUCUAGAGAUGCUACUACCCCCAGGGAGUAUCAAACAAGGGCGAGGAACAGUAAUGCUGCUCGUCGCGCAACGAAUAGUAGCGCUGGUCAAUCCACAUCACCAGACGCAACAAUCUGCAUCAUCAAGGACCAGUUGACAAGAGCAAAGACAUAUCUUGGAUUUGUUGCUUCUAGAGGCAAUCAUGGCUUGGCAAGGGAGCUCCGUGCACGUAUGAGGGAUAUACAACGAGCACUUGGUGAUGCGACCAGUGAUCGGCAGCUACCUCAGAAUGUCCACAGCAGAAUUAGUGUAAUGGAGCAGACACUGGUGAAGGUCGGGAAAAUUCAUGAUAGUUGUUCAGGUGCUGUGAACAGGCUCCGUACAGUCCUUCACUCAACAGAGCAGCAACUCCAGUCUCAAAAAAGACUAGCUAACUAUCUAGGACAAAUAGCAGCAAAAUCUCUACCCAAGGGUCUCCAUUGCCUUACGCUGCGGCUUACAAAUGAGUAUUAUUCCACCAACUCAAAGAAUAGGGAUUUUCCAUAUAUGGAAAAGCUGGAAGACCCCAAACUCUAUCACUACGCCUUGUUUUCAGACAAUGUAUUGGCUGCUGCAGUGGUUGUUAACUCCACUCUUGUUCAUGCUAAGAAACCUGAAAACCAUGUCUUCCACAUUGUCACGGAUAGGCUUAACUAUGCUGCAAUGAAAAUGUGGUUCCUGGCUAAUCCCAUGGGUAAAACUGCUAUUCAGGUUCAGAACAUUGAAGAGUUCACGUGGUUAAAUUCAAGCUACAGUCCUGUUCUGAAGCAGCUAGAAUCCCGGUUUAUGAUUGAUUACUACUUCAGAAGUGGGCAUGCUAGGCCUGACGAGAAUCCCAAGUUUCGGAACCCCAAGUACUUGUCAAUUCUCAAUCAUCUGAGGUUCUAUCUCCCUGAGAUCUUCCCAAAGCUUAACAAGGUGUUAUUUCUAGAUGACGAUACUGUAGUGCAGCGGGACCUCAGUGCACUUUGGUUGAUAGAUCUCAAAGGCAAUAUUAAUGGUGCUGUUGAGACCUGUAGAGAGACAUUCCAUAGGUUUGAUAAGUACCUUAACUUCUCAAAUCCUCUUAUUGCCAAGAACUUUGAUCCACAUGCAUGCGGUUGGGCUUAUGGCAUGAACAUGUUUGAUCUGUCUGAGUGGAGAAAGCAAAACAUCACUGAGGUCUACCACACCUGGCAGAAGUUGAAUGAAAACAGGCUAUUAUGGAAGCUAGGUACCCUCCCUGCUGGCCUUGUAACUUUCUGGAACCAUACGUUCCCUCUUGAUCGUUCGUGGCAUCAGUUGGGACUUGGGUACAACCCAAAUGUCAACGAAAAAGACAUCAGGCGGGCGUCUGUGAUCCACUACAAUGGAAAUCUGAAACCCUGGCUUGAGAUUGGAUUGCCCAAAUACCGCAAGUACUGGUCAACGUAUGUCAAUUUCGUUCAAGUAUUUCUACGGGAGUGCAAUAUAAAUCCCUGAGUGGAAAAUAGUGGUGUAUGAUUUUUUCUUUCUUUUAUUUGUUAGAUCGAUUCUUUGUGCUCUAGGUAUUUUAAGUUGUCUAGUGCGCUUAUUCUUUUUAACUGAUCUCUUUCCUGAUGUAAAGGUGCCAGCAAGUUAGUGGUAGGGUUAGAUCGUAGAAACAGUUAGGAACCACGAAGAUAUAUUACAUUUUUGUACUUAUGCUAAUAUACUAGUUAACUAUUGAUUGUAUGAGUGGAUUGUAAGAUUUUUUUUAAUAAGAAAGUUUGCUGCCCUUUCCA